UUCCUGUCCUCGCGAGCACACGACUGCAAACCCAAAUGGCGGCAAAGAUGUGGUUGCUUUUCGUCGAUAGAACGAAAGAUUCGAGUUUCAGUUUGUUUGUCGUGUGCAACAGAGAGGGGAGGUAAUUCACACCUGACGUAUUCACUUUGGUUUUACAACUGGCGAUAGAAGUCGAGUGUUCGGGAUCUACAAACUGGAUAACCCCUUCGCAAGAGGUAUGGACAUUGAAACGGAAGAGACGUGUUUGUCCACCGUUGUCUACAGUGACACAGCAGAAAACACAAAUCCAAAUCUCGAAAACGGGAAUGUGACGAAACCUCAAUGGUCAAACAGAUUCCAGUCGAUCAUUGCUGUUCUUGGCUUCUCAGUGGGACUUGGCAACCUGUUGAGGUUCCCGUAUGUUUGUCAAAAGAAUGGAGGUGGAGCGUUCCUGAUUCCUUAUGUCAUCUCUACUACACUGAUAGCUAUCCCUCUCUUCAUCCUGGAGGUUGCCAUUGGUCAGUUUUCUGGCAAAGGCCCCAUCAAGGUUUGGGCAAUAUGUCCGCUCAUGAAAGGUAUUGGCGCCUGCAUCCUGUCAAUUUCGUGUAUGGUCAUCCCCUGCUACGGCGUGGUGUUUGCCUGGACCCUCUACUACAUCUACAACUCCUUCUCCACCGUCCUGCCCUGGACAACCUGUGGCAACUCAUGGAACACACCGCGAUGUAUUGCUGUAGGCGACACACGACGAAACAGCUCCAUGUAUGCACAGUUAAAACCUGUUCAAGCCAUCAACACUACAGAAUAUCGACAUGACGGAAUUGGUUAUAAGAAUAUUAACACAACCGAAAGGGUAUCAAAUGCGUUCGAUCAUACCUCAACUGAACAGUUUUUUCAGUAUAAAGCUCUAGGUGUUUCGUCAGGGAUAGAAGACCUCGGCUCCAUGCAAGCUCAUCUCGUCAUCUGCUGGUUCAUCACGUGUGUUGCCAUAUUCCUUUGUAUCGUAAAGGGAAUCAAAUCGUUCGGGAAGGUGUUGUAUGUAACAGCGUUGAUGCCGUACGUCCUACUGCUGGUGUUGCUGGUGAGGUCGUGCACGAUGCCGGGUGCUGUGGAUGGGAUUCUCUUCUAUCUCACUCCAGAUUUCACCCUCCUUCAGCAUCCUCAGGUGUGGCUUGAAGCUCUGGUUCAAGUGUUCUUCUCAGUUGGUACAACCUGGGGUGUCAUUAUUGCCAUGGCAGGACACAAUUGUUUUCAUGCAAAUGUUAUCAGGGACCCUAUCAUCGUGACGGUGAUUGGCGAAUUGACGAGUGUAUUUGCUGGCUUUGUGGUCUUCGCGACAGUUGGUUUCCUGGCUCAUGAUCUACAACUACCUGUAGCUGACGUCAUCACUCCAGGUCCUGGCAUUGCCUUCAUCAUCUACCCAGAAGCAGUUGCACUACUGCCACUACCUCAGCUGUGGUCUGUCCUGUUCUUCACUACAAUGCUGAUGAUGUCUGUCGACUCAGUGGCUGGAAACGUCGAAACAGCUAUUGAUUGCAUAGAAGACAUUCUGCCACGGCGGUAUCACAUCAGACCUGUCAUCGCUGCUGUCUUCAUGGGGGCCAUGUUCCUUGCUGGCCUUGUUUUUACCACCAAUGGUGGAGUCUACGUGUUCCAGCUGGUCGACUGGUACAUGGGAACAGUGGCCUGUUUCGUCAUGGCCAUUCUUGAAUGUGUGAUUGUUGGCUGGUGUUACGGUGCUGAACGUUUCUCAUCUGACGUGGAGGCCAUGAUCGGGAAACGCCUGCCUGUAAUCUACAAGAUAGUGUGUUUCACCAUCCUCCCAGUUGUGUUAACUGUUGCUUUGGUUUCGACUCUGGCUUCCUACAAGCCGCCAUCAUAUGGCGAGUACGACUACCCCAAGGCCGCUGUUGUCGUCGGCUGGUUUAUUGCUCUGGUGACCAUCGUUCCUAUCCCAGUUACCAUGGUGAUACAAGUACUCAAGAAGGAAGGAUCCCUGGGUCAGCGUGUGAAAUCAGCCAUGAAGCCAAGCUCUAGUUGGCCAGGCACCAGAGUGCGACAUGGGAGGAGGAAGACGAUGGAGGCGAUGAAGGACAACUUCCUGUUUAUUAUCGGACUAAAAAAAUAACACAGUAGACACCCAUAUGUAUGGAUACACGUCGAUGUUCCAUUUCAACACAGGGCACUAUUUCGCUGAGUAAAAAAGUGUACAAAAUCACAUAAACAUAUCUCAGUUCUAACCUCUGGUAUCAAAUGCCUCAUUCCUUUCGCAUUACGUUGUAGUCAUGUAUACUUCGGAGUCUGCAGGACUCUCGGUUUAAAACUGUAUCCACGUUGAACCAUCAGUCCACAAUAUCAAACGACAUACGUUUUAUAAACGCUACCUUUUUUCCCCCUGUUGCUGGUGUAGACACGAAAUGUCAAAGGUCAAGGUCAUUUGCAGUCGGUACGUUUGGUGCCCACCUUCUGACUGCCACACAUAGUCUGCCCAUGGAAGCAAUGAGGGUAUGAAUGAGACCAGCGGGAACGAUUGCCCAAUCAGCCUAUGGGGGCAGUGAACGAUGUCGCAGUGUUUGCGGUUGUCGUUAACACUGUCUCACCUGCCUUUCCGACUUAUUCUAUAAAUGUUCGAUAACGUUCAAAUCUGGACCAAUAAUGUUGUUGGUUUGUACUUGUGCCAUUGUGAGUCUUGAUGUGUGCGGUCUUUCAUUAACUUUCUGGGGGCAUUGGCCUUCUGUAAAGUGGGAGCCACAUCUGGCUGCAGAAUUUCACAUGGUACCUUUGUGCAGUUGACCCGAACCAUGAAUGACCUGCUCUCGCAAGCGAAAUUUGUCACUUAUCUGUUUUAUAUUGAUUAUGAUGUAUGUCACUAACCUUCCCCCACACUUACCUAGCAAGUUAUCGUAUGUUGGUUUGCACAUUCCACCUCACCUGUGGUCUGGGGGAACACCCUGGGCUCUGCCGCUGCAACCCCUGCAAUUGCUGAAGAGGCAGGUCAAGUCCUUUAUACACACUACAUGUGCAUGGGACCGAGGACAUACCUUUUCGGAGAAAUACCAGUAUGGCAUUCAAAUUGUUGUAUUCAACAGGUGUGUCGAGAUAAUAAAAAUUACAUAUCUUGAA